AUGGCGGCAGCAAGCGUGCCGAUCGCCGCGCGUCCCGACUCAGCCGCCACAGCCGCGCCGCAGCCUCCCGGCGCCGUCUUCUGGUCCGACGAUCCCGAAGCGGCCGGGCUCAACGCCUCCGCCAUGAUUAACAGCCCUGGGGUGAGCGGCAGCGGCGGCAACGGCGGCGCGGCGGCUGCGUACCCCGCGACGGACGGGGGGGGCAUGGCGCAGGUCUUCUCCUCCCCUGCAGAUGCCAGAGCCGGGGGAACCCCCCCUGAACCCAUUCAUGCGCCGUCAUCGUCGCUGCACGUCAUUCCCGAGGUGUCGUUAGCCGUGGUGGUGCUGGUGCUCGUGCUGCUCGUCUUCCUGCUGCUCCUGCAUCGCUACCGCUACCGCCUACGCAUCUCCUGCUUGACCAUUUGGGAGGCGCAACUGGACGGCGAAGGAAGGCGUGUGGAAAACCAAGAGAAUGCCGGCGGAGCGUUCCUUGCUGCCAGUGCUCGCAGCGGCAGCAGCGCGACGAGCGGCGGUGGAGCAGGAGGCGCGGGCACGGGUCGCGGAGCGAACUCGAGGCUCCGCGGGGGGGGCGGCGGCGGCGGUAGUGGCGGCAGGGCAGGGCGGAGGGACGAGAGCAGCGAGUGGGUGCACGUGCUGCUGGACAUACACGGAUUCAGGGACGCCUUGGCCGACGACCACUUGUACCGCAUCGGGGCCGUUGGGCUCGCCCGAGGGUAUAGCCGCGGUGGCCGUGGGCAUGGCUGCAGGCGGGCGUCGUCUGGACUGGAUGUCGCGACGAUCAACUCCUUGGGCGCUCUCACGGUGUUCGAGCGCAGUAAAAGCCGCGUGAAGGGCAGCUUGCGCCAUGCGGAGAGUGGGGCGGGGGAGGUGGCGGAGGAGCAGGCGGAGAAGGGGGGCGCAAGGGAGAUGGGAGAGCAGGGAGAGGGCCACGAUGGGUUGGUGGCUAGUCAGGAUUUGAACUCAUCCGGGAGAAUAAUAGUGACAGUCGAGCCAGCGAUUGGCAUGCAGGCUUCGCGAGGAACAAGAGCUGAGGAUAUGGGAGCACGAGCGAUAGAGAGAGAGCCGGCAGGCUUGCACUCAGGGGCGGCUGACGGGCUGACAGGCGCGAAAGACGGCGUGAUGGGGAGUGGGUGGUCUCGUGUGGCUAUCGAUGUGCGGGUGCGAGAGGCAAGAUGCAAGCGCGGCCGCGGCCGACACAGAGGGGAGCACGGCAGGUGCGCGUGCGACGGCGCUUGCCACGAGGAGCAAGACAGGGCGGCGGAGCAAGGGGCAGCCGAGGGCAUGAGGCAUGGAGGCGCAGGGGAAGAUGGGACGGGGCGUGAGGGUGAGGUGGUAGUGAGCUGUGAGGAGGGCGAGUGUGCCGUGUGCCUGAGUGAGUAUGUGGAGGGCGACGUGCUGCGCACCCUGAACAAAUGCCACCACCACUUCCACCAGUAUUGCAUCGACGAGUGGCUUUCCAGCAGCUCCUCCUGUCCUCUGUGCCGCACGUUAAUGGUGCCUGACAGACCCCCACACUCCCAGCAACAAGAACAAACAGCAACAUUUGCAGCAGCAAUGUUGCCACGACCACUUGCGGUAGCAGGAGCAGCUGCAGUGCAAGCGAUGGAGGCAGCAGCAGAAGGACAAGGUGCAGGAGGAGGAGGAUUAGAUGGAGGAACUGUUGAGGUAACCGCUGCUCCAUCGCCAUCAUCUGCCCGUGCUCAUGACCCACAGCACACACUCGUUGCUCAUCAUCACUCGUCAUCCCAUCCCUCGACGUCGCCAGCAACCACUGUCCCUCACACGAUACAGCAGGAUGAGGAGCGGACAGAGCAGGUGGCUGAUAGGGGAGGGGUGGCAGAGCAGGUGCAGCUGAUGGGGAGCUUGACAGGUCAAGGAGGGGAGGAGGGGAGAAGGCAGGUCCGCAGUCUACAUACAAGAGAUGAGCACCGUGGAGCAGAGGCAAGAGGGCUAAGUGGUCAAGAGCAACAAGCUGAGGUGUCAGCGGCUGAGGACAGGUUACAGCAGACACGUGAGGAAGAAUCUUCUGCUACUGGAGUUCUCCAGUCGGUAUCGGCACACCUCUGUGCUGGCUACGCUGCGUGUGGCCGUGACGGCGAGUGCGCUGCCCCCAUGGCGGCAAAGAUAAUAGCAAAUUUAAUAGUGCUGGGCUCAGGCAUUGUCAUCCGGGCGUUCACUCAGGCCUACCAGCAAGCGCUCACCAAUGCUUCUCGCAGCGGGGUGGCACAAGAAGCAGCAGCAACGGCUUCACGGCGGCUAUCCAAAGUGAUGUCAAUCCAGGAGGCAAGGAUGAUUUUGGGGGUCACUGAGGAGACGCCCUGGGAGCAAGUGCUGGAGAAGUACCAACGGCUAUUUGAGCGCAAUGAGAAGAUGGGAUCAUUCUAUGUUCAAAGCAAGGUGCAGAGGGCCAAAGAAUGCUUAGAAGCAGCGAAACAACAAGGGGACCAACUCUCCUAG